CUGCCAACGUGUUACUUUCGGAACAAGGAGAUGUGAAACUGGCUGAUUUUGGAGUGGCUGGACAGUUGACAGACACGCAAAUCAAGAGGAACACCUUUGUUGGGACUCCAUUCUGGAUGGCACCUGAGGUCAUCAAACAGUCUGCUUAUGACUUCAAGGCAGACAUUUGGUCUCUUGGAAUUACAGCCAUUGAACUAGCAAAGGGAGAGCCUCCAAAUUCUGACUUGCAUCCUAUGAGGGUUCUCUUCCUGAUCCCCAAAAAUAACCCUCCAACACUUGAGGGUCACCACAGCAAGCCUUUCAAGGAGUUUGUGGAAGCCUGUCUCAAUAAGGAUCCUAGAUUUAGGCCGACAGCUAAAGAGUUGCUAAAGCACAAGUUCAUCACUCGUUACACCAAGAAAACCUCAUUCCUAAUGGAGCUGAUAGAUCGAUUCAAGCGCUGGAAGUCAGAGGGCCAUGGAGAAGAUUCCAGUUCUGGCGAUUCUGAUAUUGAUGGAGACACAGAGGAUGGAGACCAGGCUCCAAUCUGGACGUUCCCACCAACUAUUCGCCCCAACUCCUUGAGCAAGCUGCACAAAGGAAUGGCUCUUCAUGGUUCCCAGAAGCCUACUGAGCCCAUCAAGAGGCAGCCACGAUCACAAUGUCUGUCCACACUUGUUCACCCAGUUUUUGGGGAGCUUAAAGAUAAGCACAAGCAGACUGGAGGCAAUGUGGGAGCUAUGGAGGAGCUGGAGAAUGCCUUUAGCUUGGCUGAGGAGUCCUGCCCAGGAAUCUCUGACAAACUGAUAGCACACAUGGUGGAGCGGGUACAAAGGUUUUCCCACAGUCGGAACCACCUGACCUCUGCCCGCUGACACCUACAUUCCCUGCUUGCUCUUUCAAGGGGGAAGGAUUUUUUCCAGCUUGAUAAGAGCUACAUCUCUACUACAGAUCACCAUCUGCUGUUGGAUGUACAUUUGUGUUACGGACUCCAGGACAUUUCAGAGCCUUCAUGUUACACGUUUCCAUGAUAACCCAGGGUGGGGUUUGCAAUGCAAGUACAAUUCAGACCUUUUGCAGAUGGUCUAAUAGUUUUUACAAUGUAAUCAAUGCAGUUUUUAAUUGUUUCCCUAUGGGUGUAUCCAUUUUGGCUUGGUUUGACUCACAGCUUGUUACUGGUAAAUGCGUGGCUGC